AUGUGCGACUGGGAAAAAAUCCACAUGGCCUGCGGCCAUGCCAUCACACGCCGGGUGAAGUACUGCCACUUCGCCCGCAAUGACCCGCGGCACCAGUGCUUCGGCGUCCAACGCAUUGUCCGCGAAUGGCGGAUGAACACUCCAUGCCCCCGCUGCGGAGGGCCCUACUAG